AUGUCGUCUCCAUACAAACCUAAGACAGCAGUUUCUGGUUCCAGAUCUUAAGUGAGAAAGCCAGCAACCUUCAGUACCUUGCUUGAGCCUAAUAAUUUUAUUCCAAGCUGGGAAGCUGGUGAUGAGGAAAAGAAAGAGGUUAGCACUACUUUAAGAAAACUGAGAAUCAAAUACGACAAUAUGAGCAAAUUAGUAAGGGAAAGAGAGAGAGAACUGGAAGAGCUGAAGAAACGACUAGAAUAAAAAGGAGAUGAGGAAUACAAGCAAGAGGACACAUUAUACAGAAAAACUACCUGCAUGAAGAGUAAUGACGAUGAACUUACAAUGAUCAAGGAAGAGCACGAUUUUGAAUUGAUGUUUUAGCGAUCAUACGCUCAUAUGAUAGAUAGAAUGAAAAAGGACCUUGUUGCUAUAAAGAUUUCAGCUAAUGAAAUGACAGACUCUUAUAGAUAAAAAGAAGGUAUUAUGAAUGAGGAAAGCGAAAAGUCUCGCAGGACUAAGGAAAUGAGAAUGCAAGCUAAAGUUAAGUUAGAAAACCUUAUGAAACAAAUUGAUUUAGAAUAAAAAAAGCGUUAGGAGAGGAUCCAAUCGCUUUAAAAAUCUAUUAGAAACAAAGAAGAGGCAUUGCAAAGAAGAAUGGAGAGAGUAAGAAGAUAAUAAGAGAUUGCAGAAUCAGCUGCCAAUGAAAAUAAAGACUCAAAUGAACUGAAAAUGCAAGAAAACUUUAUGGUCUAAAGACUUUGGAGUGCAUUCCUAAAGAGGAAAAUGGAAAAAGAAAUGAAGAGGACUUAUGAAAUUGAAGAUGCCUUCUAGAAAAUCAGAGCGGCCACUGGGUUUUCAGAUGUUCAAGAAAUCGUUCAUAAAUUUUUAACAAGAGAAAACACUUAUUCAUAACUCUUGAUGGCAGUAAGUGAUAAUGAGAGAAAGAUUGAUAAUCUCAGAAAGGAAAAUGAUAAAUGGAGAGAAAAGCUUCAUGAUCUACAGAUCUAAGCUGACGGUGAGGAGAAAAAGGCCAAGCUUAAUCCUUAGAUUAGUGCUAUCGAUGAUAGAAAACAUAAGUUGUUGAAACUUAAGGAAAAGACUGAGGAGAUCACUAAAAAGGUUUCAAUGACUAAUGAUCAAGUUCUCAGCUGGACUGCAAGAAUCGUGCAGAAAAUUGACUAGCAAUUCAAUGAAAACAUUCACUCCUUUGAAAACAAUAAGACUCUUGCCUUCAUUUUUGAAAAGAUAGGUUAAGCUGUAGUCAAAUAAUUAGAGUAGAUCAUCAUGGAAGAAGAUGAAGAGGAUAGAGGAUAUAUAACCGCAAAAGAUUUCAUGAAUGACUUUGCAACUGAAGAGUUUUUAACUAAAAACAUCAGAGUAAGACCAGUCAGCGGAGUGACUAGAGGAGGUGGAGAUGAGGAGACAAAGACUAAUGAUUUCAGUCACUAUCCAGUCAAGAGUAUGCUUAUGACAGGAGAAAAUGGAGAGGAUGAAGAAAAAUUCAAUAAGAUGAUCAACAUUGAUAUGGAGGAACAAAGAAAGAAUAUCAAAUCUAGAAGAGAAGAUUUUGUUAGAAAGAAGCAAAUUGAAGAAGAAAAAAAGCUCAAAAAGAAGAAUUGA